AUGUUUUCGAAUCUUCUUCUGACAGCCAUCUCAUUAACUGCGUUUGCACGAGUAGUCACCGGGACAGAUCCAGUAGUAUAUAUCUCACCCGCCUCCCAAUGGCGAUUAGAGAAGCCGAACUCGAGCUCUGAUCAAACAUGUACAAACUCCCAAAGAAACAUCUUCUCCUCUCUCGCCAACGGAGGAAUAGGAGAAGAGGGACAAGAUAUAUGUCCCUCCCACCCCAGGAAUUCAAGUUCUCCCUUCUCAGAACCUCAAACUCCACGCGAAAUCAUACCAUGGUACUCAGCACACCAAUGCGCUCUCUCCCCCUUUGAGGACCAAGAGUACUGCAUUUACCACUCUCCAACCUUCGCCUCCUUUCGAAGCGUAGUCCUCAUCUCAUCCCCCUCCGUCGCGCCCACAAUCUUCAACUCCUCGGCCUUCACAGCUCCCUUGCCCGAGAACCAACCAUCUCUCUACCCACUCCCCUCAACCCCUCCCCUUUUCAUUGAGAAGGACAUCCCGGGAAGAGGCAAAGGACUAAUAGCAAAUCGCACAAUCGCUCGAGGAGAACUGAUCCUGCUCUCGAGACCGGUACUGAUUGUAAGCGAAGAAACGCACGAUACCCUUAAUAAAAAAGAUCGGUUGCCGUUUCAGAGGGAGGCGGUUGAUAUGUUGGGUGCUGAUGCAAAGAGGCUAUUUGAUGGGUUGGCGGGACAUUGGGGUGGUGAUGAGGUUGACGAUCGGAUUAUGACGAAUGCUUUUGGGUAUACUUUCGGGCAGGAGGGGAAGAGUUUUGGGGUUGUGGUUCCGGAGGCUGCUGUAAGUUCGAUUUCUGACUUGGUUUGAAAAGGGGUGAGAGAGAAGCUAAUCAAAUCUGAAAAGCGGUUGAAUCAUGCCUGUAGACCCAAGUAUGUUUUCGACAUACAGAAUAAGAUGAAGAAAGUAGACAACUGAUGAGCUCAUAGUGCACGAUUCGCAUUCGAGCCAGAUACUCUCAUCCAUAAAGUCCACGCAGUUCGAGACAUCAAGUUCGGAGAAGAACUCACAAUAUCAUGUUUGACCCCUCCCCCUUUAAGCUAGACCCAAACAGCGACUAACACGUCCCACACAAGACAUCGAUGAAAAACAAGCAUUCGAACAGCGACACUCCUACAUAAAAUCCCACUGGGGUUUCUCAUGCACCUGCUCGCAUUGCACCGCACCCAGAGCCCAAAAGGACGCCUCAGACGCCCGAACACAACAAAUCAUCCAUCUCCGCAAGCAGCUCCUCAAUUUCAUCCCACAUAGAGGAUUCACAGCCACUCCCGCCAUGGCACUAGAACUUAUCGAGCUUUACGACGUUGAGAACUUAUACGCUAGCCGCGCAGAAGGAUUUAUGUUGGCUGCAGCGCGAUAUUGCAUUUGGGAGGACGAAAAGAGAACGAGGGAAUAUGCUAGAUUGGCGUUGGACAAUUGGCUGAUGUGGGAGUUGAAGGGGAAAGCAAAUUUUGAGCUGUUGGAAGAGUUGGUCAAAGAGCCUAAGGGGAGUUGGUGUUGGGCUUUAGGAGCGAGGCAGCAAGAGGAGUUAGUCGAAGAUUGGCAAGUGGUAUGAAGCCAUAUCAUUGAGAACCGCAGUCAAAAUUUUGAUCUUACAGGGACUGCGAACGUUGAGAAACUGCUACGCAGAUAUUUGUGCGCGGAUAAUGGUAGCUCUGAUAUACACACUUGUGUGGCUGAGGGCAUAGCGUAAUUGCACACAGUAUUUCUCUUUUCAUUUAUGAAGUGCGGAAAUAAUGAUCAAAUUAUCGAUGCUUCUUGAACUCGAAAUCUAACGGUAUCUGGUAUCAACAAAACAAACAAGACAAUGCAGGUCUUGCCAGAACAUGAUUUCAUGUCUGCUGUUCAUGAUAAGGCUCGUAACUUGGUUUUGGAGCCAUGA